UAGACAUGACGGUUGUGUUGGAUCGCAAGACCAUCGGCAUAUACGCUGGUGCUGUAUGCCUCCGACUUUUGGUGUUCUUUGUUUUCCCAGCACUACCCGAUUUUCUGAGCACACAGGUCGAAAUAUCAACACCUGUAUCCAGCUUCAAGAGGCUUCAGGAAGGACUGUUCCUUUAUCAACAUGGCCUCUCACCAUAUGACGGCGGGGUGUAUCACCAAGCACCAUUGUUACUGGUGAUAUUUGAAAUACUACCUUCGACCCUUGUUUUUGUCGCCCUCGAUGUUCUCAAUGCGGUGGCUCUGCAAACAAUCGCCAACAACUUACGCAUUCCGACUCCUCGAUUCGAAAAAUUGGAUGGCCGUUUGAUUGCUGCGGCAUACUUGUUCAAUCCGUUCACUGUCCUCUCAUGUCUGGGAAAGUCUACAAGCAUAUUUACCAGUGCGGCCAUCAUUCAAGCGAUACUCAAUGCUCAGUCAGGAAAUGCCAUACGAGCGAUGUUCGGACUGGCCAUGGGCUCAUAUCUAUCAAUGUAUCCGGCUUUGUUGUUACCACCGACGCUUCUCAUGAUUCAUCAUAAGUCAGGGAAAGCUGCACCAUUUUCUGUCUCAGUCGUGGCCUUUGGAGGCGCACUGGCAGCUCUACUUGGAACGACGCUUGUUUUGACCGACAGCUUUGAAGACUUCCUCGCCUCUUGCUAUGGUGCACAAAUAUCGGUUCCAGACUUGACGCCAAAUGCCGGAUUAUGGUGGUACUUUUUUAUUGAAAUCUUCGACUCCUUCCGAGACUUCUUCAUUGGAGUAUUCUGGUUGCACUUGGUCGGCUAUGUUGGAGGGAUGACGAUUCGACUUCGAAAUCAACCGCUUUUCGUCAUCACAAGCUUGUUGGGCUUGAUGGCCAUCUUCAAGCCAUAUCCGAGCAUCACUGAUGUCUCGCUGUACCUUGGGUUUCUUCCGAUGUAUUCCCAUAUACUACCGCUGACGAGGUACACUUUCAUCGCUGCCUCGGUUCUGCUCUACUCGACGCUCCUGGGUCCAGCAUUCUACCAUUUGUGGAUUUAUGCUGGUUCUGGCAAUGCAAAUUUCUUCUAUGCCAUCACGUUGGUGUGGAGCCUGGGACUGACCAUUCUCGUCGGUGAUACGCUGUUCGCGGUGAUGCGUGAGGAGUGGGAGCUAGAGAGACCUGAGAUGAAAGGCAAAGCUGUCCGACAGAUAUAG